AUGUCACAGUUGACUUCAAAUUUUGAUUUACACAAGAUUCAGAUUAAAAAUGUGACUGAAAUCACUAUGUUUAUAUUGACAGGAUUCACAGGUAGCUUUGAGGUGCAAGUCCUUCUGUUUUUACUAUUUCUGGCUAUCUAUCUUUUCACUCUGAUAGGAAAUUUGGGAAUGGUCAUAUUGGUCACUAUGGACUCUCGGCUGCACAACCCUAUGUACUAUUUUCUGAGUGUGUUGUCCAUUUUGGAUGCCUGUUAUUCUUCAGUUGUUACACCCAAAAUGUUGGUCAAUUUCCUGAAUGAAAACAAAGCCAUUUCUUAUUUUGGGUGUACAGCGCAAAUGUUUUUCCUUGUUACAUUUGGGACCACCGAGUGCUUCCUCUUGGCUGCAAUGGCUUAUGAUCGCUAUGUGGCAAUCUACAACCCUCUCCUGUAUACAGUUAGCAUGUCACCCAGCAUCUAUGUGUCACUCAUCAUUGCUUCCUACAUCGGAGGCAUUCUGCAUGCCUCUAUACACACAGCGGCCACAUUUAGGCUACCCUUCUGUGCCUCCAAUGAAAUCAGACAUGUGUUUUGUGACAUCCCUCCUCUCCUUGCUAUUGCGUGUUCUGACACUCACACAAACCAGCUUCUACUCUUCUACUUGGUGGGCUCCAUUGAGAUUGUCACUAUCCUGAUUGUCCUGAUCUCCUAUGGUUUAAUUCUGUUGGCCAUUCUGAGGAUGCGUUCUGCUGAGGGGCGGAAAAAAGUCUUUUCUACAUGUGGCUCUCACCUAACUGGAGUGUCAAUUUAUCAUGGAACUAUCCUCUUCAUGUAUGUGAGACCAAGCUCCAGCUAUGCUUUGGACCAUAACAUGAUAGUGUCAACAUUUUACACCAUUGUGAUUCCCAUGCUGAAUCCCCUCAUCUACAGUCUGAGGAACAAAGACGUGAAAGAGGCAAUGAAAAGAGUGUUUGGGAAAAAUGGGUUUUUCAAUAAAGUAUCUUUUUACACUUAA